GCUGCUCUAGCAGUGAGUCAGUAUGAUGGAGUCCGGCGUGGGCGCUGCGACGGGGAGCCCAGGACUGCCUGGAUCCACAGCAGCCACCAGCCAUGACGCCUCCUUCUCCACCAAGGACGACAGGUGUGUGAGUGUCUGUCCCUCCCUGCUGUGCAGCGGUCUGAGAGAUGCUCACCCCGAGACAGAGGAUGUUGUUCCUGAGCUGCCACGCAGCGUGCACCCCCGAGAGAGACCUGACUGGGAGGAGACCAUCAGCGCCAUGGCACGCAGUGCGGAGGUCCCAGAGUUGAGGACUGAGCAUGCUCUGUGCUCCUUCAGCAGCACGGCCAGCAUGAAGGUCAAGAACAUCAAGAAGCUGUCCUUCACUAAGGGCCACUUCCCCCAGCUGGCUGAGUGUGCUCACUUCCACUAUGAGAAUGUGGACUUUGGCUCCAUCCAGCUGUCUCUUGCGGACGAACAAAGUGAAGCAACGAGGAAUGGCUAUGAGUGGCAGGAACUGGUGUACCUGGUCCAGAUCUGCUGCCAGGGCCGCAGCUGGAUGGUGAAGCGCAGCUAUGAGGAUUUCCGCGUCCUGGACAAGCACCUGCACCUCUGCAUCUACGACCGGCGCUUCUCUCUGCUGCCUGAGCUGCCCCGAGGAGACGGCCUGCGAGACCGCACUGAGGCCGUGUGCCAGAUGCUGAUGGCCUACCUGUCCCGCCUGUCAGCCAUCGCCGACAACAAGAUCAACUGUGGGCCCGUCCUCACCUGGAUGGAGGUGGAAAACAAGGGGAACCACCUACUGGUCCAUGAGGAGUCGUCCAUCAACGUCCCCGCCAUCGCUGCAGCCCACGUCAUCAAACGCUACAACGCCCAGGCAGCCGACGAGCUCUCCUUUGAGGUUGGGGACAUUGUGUCUGUGAUAGACAUGCCCCCCAAGGAGGACACCACCUGGUGGAGAGGCAAGCACGGCUUCCAGGUUGGUUUCUUCCCCAGUGAGUGUGUUGAGCUGAUAAACGACAAGGUGCCGCAGUCCGUCACCAACUCUGUGCCAAAGCCAGUCUCCCCCUGCUCCAGCCUGAGACCCACUUCCUGGAGUCUGUUUCCACCCUAUCUGGAGAUGGAGAAUGUAAAGCAGGACAGUUUGUGGGUUGACCCGGUGACCCCCUGCGGGCUGAACUCAGUGUCUAAGAAACACGGGAAGCUGAUCACGUUCCUGCGCAGCUUCAUGAAGUCCCGGCCGUCCAAGCAGAAGCUGAAGCAGCGUGGCAUCCUGAGGGAGAGGGUGUUUGGCUGUGACCUGGGAGAACACCUUCUCAACUCAGCCCAUGAUGUCCCUCAGGUGCUCAGGAGCUGCACAGAGUUCAUCCAGAAGCACGGCGUAGUGGACGGGAUCUACCGCCUGUCUGGGAUCGCUUCCAACAUCCAGAAACUACGGCAUGAGUUUGACUCAGAGCAGAUCCCUGACCUGACCAAAGAUGUGUACCUGCAGGACAUCCACUGUGUUGGCUCGCUGUGCAAGCUGUACUUCAGAGAGCUGCCCAACCCCCUGCUUACAUACCAGCUCUACGAGAAGUUCUCGGAGGCUGUGUCAGCAGCCACAGAUGACGAACGACUCAUCAAAAUCCAUGAUGUCAUCCAGCAGCUGCCUCCGCCGCAUUACAGGACGCUGGAGUUCCUCAUGAGGCACCUGUCCCACCUUGCAACCUUCAGCUACAUCACCAACAUGCACAGCAAGAACCUAGCCAUCGUCUGGGCUCCUAACCUGCUGAGGUCCAAACAGAUUGAGUCUGCCUGCUUCAGUGGGACGGCUGCUUUCAUGGAGGUCAGGAUCCAGUCUGUGGUGGUGGAGUUCAUCCUCAACCAUGUGGAUGUGCUGUUCAGCCCCAAACUCAGCUCUCUCAUACGAGAGGGUGCAGGCCACAACUCGUUGUCCCGUCCCAAGUCCCUCCUGGUGUCGUCCCCCUCCACUAAGCUGCUGACCCUGGAGGAAGCACAGGCACGGACCCAGGCACAGAUCAACUCCCCUGUCACGGCCGACAGCAAGUACAUCGAAGUGGGGGAGGGCCCUGCCGCACUGCAGGGCAGAUUCCACACCGUCAUCCAGUUCCCUAGCGAAAGGAAGCGGCCCUCCAGCAGGAAGUCUCCUGUGAGCAGCUGGCGAUCGUUCUUCACACUGGGCAAGGCUUCCUCCAUGUCCAAACGCAAGCUGCAGCGCAACCCCAGCGUGCCAACGGAGCUGAAGGCCAUGGCUCUAACAGGUGGCAGAGCAGACUCAGGGACACUCCGCUCAGCUAAGAGUGAGGAGUCUCUCACUUCUCUACACAACGUGGAAGGCGAGUCGAGGAUGUACCGUCCUCGGCGCCCUCGCUCCAGCAGUGAUGCCCUCUCAGCCUCCUUCAACGGCGAUCUCCUGGACAGCCGGCAUCACUGCAACUCGUACGACAACCUGACCCCCGGGGAGAGUGAUGGAGACGACGGGCCCAUGCGGGUCCCAGUGCUCAUCUCCCCCCCGCGCUCCGCAGGCGACGACGUUGACCUCAGCCCCCCCGAUAUUGGCAUGGCCUCGCUGGACUUUGACCCCAUGUCCUUCCAGUGCAGCCUGGCCUCCCCCUCCCUCCCCCUGGCCCCCUCCCUCCCCCUGGCCCCCUCCCUCCCCCUGGCCUCCCCCAGGGCCCUGUCUGGGGAGGGGGCCGGUCUGACAAGUGGCAGCAGCCACAACACAGAGCGGCUCUCUCCAACCCUCUUCAGCAAGUUCACCAACCCCUUCCCAGCCCUGAGCUCAGGCUCUGGAGAUAAGCCUUGCAGCAGCAAGCUGAGCAGCUCGUAUUCCUACUCAGAGAAACCCGUCCAGGCCGUCUCCCCCAUUAAGAGUGGACAGUCUGCCAGCUCUCCUCUGAGCGCUCCAGAGCUGUUUAGCGUGGAAUGUUCCGGUCAGUGUGCUCCGGGCGCCGGUCUCCCCCUGCCUUCCCCCCCCGGACCCAGGGACUCUCCCAGCAUGGAGUGUCUGUUCCUGAGGCCAGAAGAGCCCUCUCUGAGCCAAGCCUUCCAGAUGGAGCUGGACUGGAAGCUGAGAGCCAUGGAUGGCCCAGACAGGCAGGGCGUCCUGGCGGACGAGGGGGACAAAUCAGCUGCUGUCCCCUCGGAGCAUCUAGGAUCCACAGCUGUCCACGGCCCCGCCCCCAGAUCACCCCUCCUCCCUGCCCCUCCCACUACCCAGAGCUCUGUCUGCAGGCUGGUCCAGGAGGCCUCUGCUCUGGUUCCCAGGACCCGGGAGCCCCCAGAAGGGCCCCCCCUCCCCCCGCCGGCCCCAGAGUCCGAGGGCUGUCCAUCUGGCUCACACCCCCACACCCCUCUCAUUGAGGAAACGCAAUCCAGAGUUGCUCUGCCCCCCACCUCCUCCGCCCCCUCCUCUCCCCAUCUCGCCCCCCCUGCUGGCAUGCAGGAGCCCCUUGGGGGGGCCAGGACCCCCUCCACCCCACCCGGACCCAGCCAGGGCAUGGACGUUCCUCCUGGUGUGACUCCCCCUCCCCAGAAGACCCCCGCCAGCCCCCCCGCCCAGAGGACCCCCGCCAGCCCCCCCGCCCAGAGGACCCCCGCCCAGAGGGAGCCAGCGGCUCUGUGUCCUGCUCCUCCUCCUGGCUCCGGUCCUGCUCCUCCUCCUGGCUCCGCCCCAGGGAGCCCUCCUGCUGUGCUGCCCCAGUCUCCCACUCAGGUCCCUGAUGAGGCGGAGCUGCCUAGACCCCGCGAGCCUCUACAGCCUCAGCCUCCAACAGAGGUUCUGCUGGCCAUACAGCAUCAGGUGCAUACACAGCCUCAGCCUUAUCCCCAGCCUCACAAACAGCCUUAUCCCCAGCCUCAGCCUACCACCAGAGGGGCCUCUGCCCCCUCCGUAGACGAGCCUGUGGUGAAAAAGCCUUGGGACACCAUCAGACCAGUCCAGCCUGAGGCCCGGCCCCCGCUCGGCCCCCCUCCUGCCCCCCCUGUUCGCUCCAUCGAGAGCAGACUGGCCACUGCAGCUCUUAGCCAGACGGAGGCCAGCCACGCUGCUAACUUCCCCAGCCUGCCGGUGGAGGCCCCUGGCCCCGCAGCCCACCAGCACCCUCGCAAGCCUGCCUCCCUCCAGGCCGCCUACCUGUACCACCACAGCCAGGGUGAUGCCCUGCCUUCUGCCAGCGAGGCCUUCUUCCAGCAGCGGGGGCUGGUGGCCCAGCCCUCCUCGGUAUACCACCACAGGCCCGACACUGGCCCUCCUCGCCUCUCCUACGCAUCUAAGACUGAGCCUCAGAUACCUUACAGCGCCCGCGACGUCCACUACAGCACCCUGGGCCCCCGCCGCCACCCCCAGGCUGCCAGGGGCCCCCCCAGGAGGGAGUACGCCUCUCCGGGGCCGGGGCACCGCGGCCAGGCCUGCUGCCCUGCGGACGGGGCCCACGUGUACCCUAGCCUCCGCCGAGUGCACUCGCUGCAUGCACCCCCCAGCCUGCUUCCCCUCCCCCCUCAGAGGAGCCACGCCCCCCUGGACGAGGAGCUGCUGUUCUACCGGCGCCCCGUCUACAGCUGCCCCGCCUUCCAGCCUCCGCAGGCAGACUACCACGUCACCCAGCUGCAGCCCUACUUUGAGAACGGCCGGGUCCAGUACCGCUACAGCCCCUACUCUGGCCCCAGCCCUCUGGACGCACCCUUUUACGACAUGGACCCCUAUGGCACGGUCCGCCUGCGACACACACACUCCUUUGGCGGCAGGGACGGCCCCGGCCGGGUGGGCAGCAAGGCCGGGGGGUACCACUUCCUGUCCCGCCACGCCCCGCCCCCGGGCCAAGAGCACGGCUUUGUGAGCAGGGACAUGCCCCCCGGGCGGGGCUCCAAGGUGUACGUCUCCUGGGACCCUGAGGAGCGGGAGCAGCUUGGCAGGCUCUCGCUGCACAGGGACAGCCGUCCUCGGCAGAGGGUGAAGGCUCCGGUCAUGUCCCAGUACGACAACGUGGGCCUGUUCCUGCCCUCCGAUGUGUCUGGCUACGACUCACUGCACCUACGCAGUAAAUCUGACCCCGGCGAUGGCAUGCUGUUGGCUGCCGAGGGCGGUGAGGGCCGGCGCCCCCCCAGACAGCUGCCCCCAGACCCAGCGGUGCUCCUGUACCUGGAGACGGAGAAACUCUGCCAGGGUAACCAGGGCAACGGGACGGCCAAGCACAGCAGCUCCAGGACCUGCCGAGCCUCACACCAAGCCCCACCCCCGGCCCACAGCAUGGCCAAUCAGCAGGAGUCUAGCCGGCGUGAGGUGGAGGACAGUAGAGCUGGAGGCAGCAGGUGGCUGGAGCCCUCAGAGGCCAGGAGCCUCCAGCCUCGAUAUGAGACUGAGCUGGACGGCCUCCCCAGCAGGGUGAAAACCUUGAGUGGCCAUCCCACUUCUGCCCCGCCCCCCGCCCCACCCCCGAGGCCAGACAGGUCCCUCAGCGGUACUCGGGAGCCACAGCACUACAGCCAAAUCCCUCCUGAUGCAGACCGGGACUACUCCUACCAGAGACUCAGCACCAUGACCGUCCAGUCCCACUACGACAACAUAGAUGACUUCUCCCCUGGCCUCCAGCCCCCCUCCGGCCAGCCCAGCUUCCCCUCUGGACCCCAGCCCCCCUCCGGCCAGCCCCCCCAGCCCAGCUUCACGGCCCCCAGCAGGGCUUACUCUACGGCCCUGGGCCAGGGGGCCUUCCUCCCGGAGCAGAGGCUGCAGAGGCCAGAUACACAAAUACACGCUGAAUGACUCACUUCUGCUACCUGAAGGAAAGUAGUUGGACCUGAAGCCCAGCAGUCUCUGCAGGACAGCUGGUCUGACCAGGGGUUUCAUGAAUUCAGUCAAGUCAAAUUCUAAAACACUUUUUACAAAUGGUACCAAAUUUACCAUAAUUCCUUUACUAAUUGCCAUUCUGAAAUGACUUUGCCAAUCAUAUGAAGCUCUUUGAUAUUAAAGACAAAAGGUCCAUCACACCUGAAUUACACAAAUACAAUACAUGUAUUCAACAAGCUACUGGUAAAAAUUAUUUUCUUCCACACCAGAAAAUGAUUUGGCGUCUGUGCGUAUGAAUUAUUAUGGGGAAGUUUUGCAUUUUAGAAAUGCAUGUCCACUGGUCUGUGAAAGAGCAGGUCUGUGAUCCAAUGUGUACUUUUUGGAUGUUGGAGGAUGGAAAUCUGCAAAUCUUUGUAGCCCUAUGUUGCUAUGGACAUGCAUUGGCAAUACUACAUGAAUUCACAUCUGAAUUGGGUUCAGAAUAACAUGAAAUCUGCAAUAGGGUCCUUUCAACUGGUACAGGAGCAUUUUAAUGUAUUUGUUCUGCGACUGUGCCAUUCCUAGUUUUGAUGUAUUUUGCUAUGAAAAUAUGAAUUAAACUCAAAUGGAAUGUUUUGG